AUGGCUCUUAGGCAAACCGUGUUGCUGCUCACUUUGGGCCUCGCCUGGACUGCUGAUGCAGCUCCCUCUCGGGAAGUGAAGCAUGUUCUUCACGAGAAGCGAGAUUCACUGCCCGCACGUUGGACCAAACGUGACCGCGUGCCCCGGGACAAAUUGCUUCCAAUGCGUAUUGGUCUAGCGCAGUCGAACCUAGAGGAGAUGUACCAACAUUUGCUGGAUGUCUCUCACCCAGAUUCUGCUAAUUAUGGGAAACACUGGACUCCCGAGGAAGUCAUCAAGGCGUUCCAACCAUCUGAUAAGACUGUCGAAUCAGUGAAAACAUGGCUUACUGACAACGGCAUUUCGUCUAAGCGUAUAACACACUCCGACAACCGAGGAUGGCUGGCCUUUUUCGCAACCCCAGAUGAAGCGGAACGUCUCUUGAAGACCGAAUUCCAUGAAUUCGAAGACUCCGUCACCGGUGGGAUCAUGCCAGCUUGCGAUGAAUACCACGUCCCGCACCAUCUCAAGGAACAUGUCGAUUUCGUCACUCCGGGUAUCAAGCUUCUUGCCCCAAUCGAUGGACAACAACGAGUCAAACGAGAGAAUAUGGUUCGCGUCGUGAGCGAAGACAAGCAAAAGAGAGAGAAAGCACUCACUCGGCGCGUCAACCAUGAUCUACGGGAUCCCCUCGAACAAGGCUCAGGAAGAGCGGAAGCAGUCAGGGCAGCAGUGUCAUCCGAUCCCAACGAUCUCAGUACGUGCGAUAUAGCUAUUUCCCCAGCAUGUGUUGCCGCUCUCUACCAAAUCCCGCCAGCAAUCAGAGCACACCCGAACAACUCUUUGGGAAUUUUUGAGUCUGAGCUGCAAUUUUAUACGCAGCAGGAUCUGGAUCUCUUCUUUGCCAAUUUCACUCCUCACAUUCCCAAGGGAACGCAUCCUAUCGCCGCAAAUGUCGACGGCGGUCAACAAUCUACAACGGAUCCUUACUACGCUGGUGGGGAAGUGAGUCUCGAUCUCCAGCUCGCGUAUCCAAUUGUAUAUCCACAGACUAUUACCGACUAUGAAGUAGAUGACUUUAUUGUACAGUCCAAUCCCAACGAUACUUAUUCUUUUGGAUUUAAUACCUUCUUGGAUAGUCUCGAUGGUUCUUACUGCACAUUUUCGGCUUAUGGUGAGACCGGCAAUGAUAAGUACCUUGACCAGACUUAUCCAGAUCCCGGUGGCUGGCAGGGUGAACUCAUGUGUGGUGUCUACAAGCCAACCAAUGUGAUCUCGGUUUCGUACGGUGGACAAGAAGUCGACCUCCCACUAUCUUACCAACGCCGCCAGUGUCUUGAAUAUGCCAAACUAGGACUCCAAGGAGUAUCUUUUCUAUUUGCCAGUGGAGACUCGGGUGUCAGCAAUUACCCUAACUCUGGAGAUGGUCCUACAGGCUGUAUAGGUAGCAAGCUCAACGUCUUCAACCCAACGUGGCCAAACACAUGUCCUUAUGUCACCAAUGUGGGAGCAACAAAGGUGUACCCAGGAAAGACAGUCUGGGACCCGGAAAGUGCCGUGUUUGAUCCGGCAGGCUACCCAUACAGCGCCAACUAUUCCUCGGGUGGUGGCUUCAGUAAUGUAUUCCCAAUUCCAGACUACCAACGGAAAGCGGUUGCAACUUUCUUCAAGAAACACAACCCACCAUACCCUUACUACAGUGCUUUAGCCCCCGAGACGAAUGACAUACAGCAAAUGAUUGAUAUCGAUUCUUUGGUCGGCAAUACUGGAGGUAUUUACAAUCGUAUCGGCCGUGGUGUUCCUGAUGUUGCGGCCAAUGGUGACAAUAUUGUGGUGUACAAUGGCGGAAACUACAGUCUUAGCGGUGGUACGUCAGCAAGCACUCCUAUUUUUGCUGCUGUUAUCAAUCGAAUCAACGACGAACGUCUUUGGGCUGGUAAAUCGCCUCUUGGAUUCCUAAACCCUUCCCUUUACGCAAAUCCAUCAAUGUUGAAUGAUAUUACAAAUGGAACGAACCCUGGAUGCGAUACCAUGGGCUUCUCUGCCGUUCCCGGAUGGGAUCCUGUCACUGGCCUUGGAACACCAAACUUCCCGAAGAUGUUGGAAUACUAUCUGAGAUUGCCAUAG